GGUUUCCUAUUUCCCUUCCGAGGUGGGCGGGAGAAGAUGGCGGCGUCCUGCCGGUGGCUGUUCGUGGCGGUGGUGAUCUGCGCCUGCUUGGUGGCUGCGGAGGAGCCGAAGAAGAGCUCCGACAAGCCGGGGAAGAAGAAGAAAGACAUUCGGGACUACAACGAUGCCGACAUGGCUCGACUAUUGGAGCAAUGGGAGGAGGAUGAUGAUAUAGAGGAAGGAGAUCUUCCUGAGCACAAGCGCCAAUCUGCACCAAUCGACUUCUCCAAGAUCGAUCCAAGUAAACCGGAGAGUGUCUUAAAAAUGACCAAAAAGGGGAAAACACUCAUGAUGUUCGUCACUGUGUCAGGAGAGCCAACUGAAAAGGAGACGGAGCAAAUUACAAACUUGUGGCAAGGAAGCCUUUUCAACGCCAAUUACGAUGUACAGAGAUUCAUUGUGGGUUCAAAUCGUGCCAUUUUCAUGCUGCGUGAUGGAAGCUACGCGUGGGAGAUCAAAGACUUUCUGGUAAACCAAGAGAGAUGUGAAGAUGUCACUGUGGAAGGUCAAGUCUACCCUGGUAAAGGAGGCCGAGGAAAAGAAAAAAAUAAACUGAAGCCUGACAAAUCCUCCAAGAAAAAAGGCCCAGAGGUGAAACCUGGAACCGUUACGGAUAGCAACCGUGCCAGCAGAGGAAAAGAGGACCUUUGAUAUCAAUGUACUGAAAUACUGUCCAAAAGGUUUAGAAUGUUUCAGAAAGCGAAAACUGGGUUGGUUUUCCAAGUUUCAAAGUAUUAAUGAUUAAGGGAACAGUUUACUUAUUAAUGCGGGGUAUUCAUUUAGAAAUGGCAGAGUCGGUAGAUAAAGGCUGUGGGCUGCUUACAUUCAAUCAACUAUUAAGUCUCAACUCCCUAUCAGUUUAGUAUUAUGGAAGUUUGUCCAGGGGAUGAGAAGAUUGGUUGAAUGGGUCACCAUUUGGAGAACUGAUUCUGACAGGUGGUAUCGCAGAUGGCUCAAAAGAAUAGGGAGAAGAAGGAAAAGCCAGACGUAGAAGACUCCUGGUGUUUCAAUAUUUUGAUUAAUCCUAAAAUUAACAAUACACUUCCCAUUGCAUCUUAAAAUCCCUCACUUGAGAUUUGUCACCGAUUAUACCAAAAACAGAUCCAGAGCAACAGUUUCUCAAGUCGAUUUGCUUUUUAAAAUACUGAUAGUCCAAUAUUCCACACUGAAAUGGAAAGAAAACUUUCUGUUAAUUAGCUAAUAAGGCUAGAGAAUUACCACACUAAAUCGAUUGAUGUACUUCUCCUUCAUUGUUUGA